ACUCGAGUUCGUCGUUGCAGUCGUCAACCACCUCUCGCCAGUCAUCACCUGGAAACUCCAAAAGGUCUCGAGCUUGAGUCGUCUCCGCCUCCGUCUUCCGCCCGCCCCCGGCAUUGCUCCGCCACCGCACGCGCCGCCGUCAGAUCGCGCGCCCGCGGCGGCGCUCCCUGCUCUCUCCGUGCGCGAGAGAGGAAGAAGGCUCGCUCGGAAAUGGUGUCCUACGUGAACGCGCUGCUGUACGGGAUGGGGGGCAUCGCGGUGGCGGGCAUGGCGCUGCUGGUGGCCUUCCAGGAGCGGCUGGUGUACGUGCCCGUGGUGCCGGGCCUCACCAAGUCCUACCCCUUCACCCCGUCCCGCUUCCGCCUCCCCUACGAGGACGUCUGGCUCAGAUCCUCCGACGGCGUCCGCCUCCACGCCUGGUUCAUCAAGCUCUUCCCCGAUUGCCGCGGUCCGACUGUUCUGUUUUUCCAAGAGAAUGCUGGAAAUAUUGCUCAUCGUCUUGAAAUGGUUCGCAUAAUGUUGCAGAAGUUGCAGUGCAAUGUGUUUAUGCUUUCGUAUCGAGGAUAUGGAGUGAGUGAUGGCUAUCCUUCUCAGCAUGGCAUCACACUAGAUGCUCAGGCUGCAUUGGAUCAUCUUCAUGCAAGGACUGACAUUGAUACCUCCAGGAUAGUUGUAUUUGGAAGGUCACUUGGAGGAGCAGUUGGAUCAGUGCUUACUAAAAACAAUCCUGAUAAGGUUGCUGCUUUGAUAUUGGAGAACACGUUCACAUCCAUUCUAGACAUGGCUGGAGUUCUACUGCCCUUUUUAAAGUGGUUCAUUGGAAAAAGCACUUCUAAAGGACUAAAUGUUCUGAACAUCCUUGUGCGAUCUCCAUGGAAUACCAUUGACGUUGUUGGUCAGAUUAAACAGCCAGUCCUUUUCCUCUCUGGAUUGCAAGAUGAGAUGGUUCCCCCAUUGCAUAUGAAAUUGCUGUAUGCCAAGGCAGCUGCUCAUAACAGGCAAUGUAUUUUCGUUGAAUUUCCAACUGGAAUGCAUAUGGAUACUUGGUUGUCAGGUGGAGAUCAAUACUGGAGAACUAUACAACAGUUCCUUGAACAACAUGUUCCUGAGAAAAAAGAAGAAAAUCAAUCAUCUGAAAAUGAAAUUUUUUCAGAUUUUGAUUGCAGUUAAGCUGCUGACCUCCAGUCCCUCGAAGUCCUAAAUCCCAAGGUUUUUCAAUCUUCACGGAUGCAGCAAUAGUGGUAUGCAUCUCUGUGGAGCCCCAUUGCUACUUGGACAGGACUAAUGUCAUGAGGAGGAUGGGUCUUAGCUUAAACCUUUCUAUCCCCCCCUGCGGGCAAAACCAAUAGGAAUCGCAGGUGUUAUGAAGUUACCUGAACUGAAAUCCUAGGACUACUGACUGCAAAUAUCGAUCAUUCCUGCAGUAUGAAAGGCUUUUCCCAACAGUGUAACGUAGUAGUGAUUUAUGUAACACAUUUUGACUGUUUAAAUAGAGAUGCCGCCAUUGAUUUUGCUAGAA